CAUAAAUUUAAUGCUUCUGAAAGGGUCAAAAAUUAAAACAAUUGAGACAACUGCUAAUUAAUAAAUGAGUUACUAAACAAUAAAAUUCAUUAGAGAGGCUAGAUCUUCUCACUAACUUCAUCGACGUUAUUCAACAAGUAGUUCUAUUCAUAAAGAAGUAUUCAAUAAUGAAGAUAAAUGUUCAAAAUAGACUAAAAGUUUAUUACAAAUUCGAUAUUGCAAUAUACAUUAGCUGUUCAAAAAGAAGCAAUAUAUCCCUACUAAUUUUUAGUAAGACAAAAAGCCUUUUUAACAUGUAGUGACAAACUAAUUCUCAAAAACUUAAGGAUAGUUUAUCUAAUAGAAGAAGAAAUUUAACGCAAGAGAGUGGCACAAAGUUAAUUAUGAUAGGUUUAGAUUCUUAAGUAGACAAGGAAGUAUUGAAAAAAUAAUUGCUAAUCGAUUUUAAAGUAUUUAACCUUGUUUGCAAAUCUCAUAGGCAAAUAAAAUAUAGAGAUCAGCCUCUUAAAUCAAUAAUUACAGAACUGAAUCAUAUAAUUGUUUACAUUAAUAAAGGUGUUAAUGUUAAAGAAGUAAAUCUUUAUAAAAAGAAAAUAUUGUAAUAUUUGUAAUUGAUGAAAAUUAACACAACUAAAAAUUAUAAGAUAGAAAUGCUUAGAUUGUAUGA